AUCGGUGAAAAACUUGGAUCCUACUCGCGCUUGUUGGUUGUAUACUUGCAGCGCGUUUUGUGAUUGGGCAGAACUCAGAGGUUGUCUCCUGACUCUUGAACAUUGCCUAAGGGUAAACGCAGGCCGCGGUCCGGAAGGCGGACGUACCAUCACUCUCACCAAAGGCACUUCACAGCGGCCAGGAGUGAGAAGCAAUGCCCUACUGGGAGCUAGCUGAACGCACCAGAUCUCCAGUUUUCUGGCCGUGUUUAUGCCCUGCGCAGAGUGAUGAUGGCCGGCCUGCAGCUUCAGAAGAAGAGCAAGAAGAACGAAGAUGGCGUGGGGAGCAUGGUAGACUUCCUGUUGGCCAAUGCGCGGUUGGUGCUUGGCGUUGGAGGAGCUGCCAUGUUGGGCAUUGCAACAUUAGCUGUGAAAAGGCUUAUUGACCGCGCAGCAUCUCCUCCAGAUGAGAAAGAACCAGAGGAAAAAGCAGAACAAAAGUCAAUGGAGGAAACCUGGAAGGAAGCUGUUCUCAUCAAGGUGUCUCCAAGACUCUCACGGAAAGUAGGGCGCUCUGAUCUAAGUGCCCCUCUGCCCCUCCCUGCGCCAAGCCAACCCUCUCCAGUUGAAAAGCCGCUAAGCACUAAGGAAGAAGUGAAGAAGAUUUCGGUCUGCUUUACUCUGCAGGAAAGACUGUUGGAUUAUUACACACAUCAUGCCAACGUCUCUGACACACAAAGGCAACUGGUCCGACAGCUGGUCCUGGACAUCAUGACCGAGCUGCAGAACUUCCUACGUGCCAAACACCCUGAGAUGCCCUUCUCUGCCAUGAGGCUGGGUGGCUCCUUGGGAAGAGGUCUCCCUGUAGCCAAUUUAGAUCACUCUUGCUUGAUGCUGCCCUUGGUCCUGGAGUCAGAGCUGUGGAAAUUCAUUCCUGGACAAGAGACUAUCCUCAGUGACCCUCAGUUUUGGUUGGUAAAAAGGGUUGACUUGGAGUACACAGUGCGGGGUAGCAGCCCCUGGGACAAAUUCAUUGUGGGAAGAUACCUCUCUUCCAGGACAAUCAUAGAAACCUUGCAUAAAACAUUACUGGGAUCCAUCAACUGGCCAUCCAUCGGUGCCAUAUUAGAUUGCACUAUCCAACCGGUUAUAGCUUCUGAUAAUCUUAAAUUAGAGGUAUCACAUGCAGAGGGCAGGAUGAUUAUUAAUAUAUUGCCAAUGGCAACCACCAAGGAUGUGGUCCUUUUUGCUCACUCCCAUCCCAAUGCUCCUGUGGAGAACCUUUGGCAUAGAAGCUACUAUAAGGAGGAGAUCCAUAAGCUGCAAGAACUGGACAACUCGGAUUCAGGGGUCAGGCAGCAGUGCCUCCACAUCCUAAAGGGGAUUUGCAGAGGUAAUGCCUCCCUAAGCCACCUCUCUUCCACUCACCUGAGACACACCAUCCUGCACCUCAGUAGCACUUCAAAUGACUGGUCAGAAGCUUCUCUAGAUGAUAGGUUUCUGCAGGUGAUAGAGCAAAUGAUAAUUUAUUUGGACAAAGGUUUCCUUCCCUGUUAUUUUAACAACAAUGUGAACUUGUUCUAUUCACUUAGUGAGCAAGACAUCGAUGAUCUAGGGUAUGGUCUCUACCAGUUGUUUUCUGAACCUGAUAGCUUGUUGCAGAAAUGAGUGACUCAACAUAACUUUUCUCCAAUAUUUCAUAAACGUGUUAUUAGAGGCACACAAGCAGGCUGUGGUCUUAUUAUACAAGGUGGCUGCACUGAAAAAGAUGACUAAUGGACAGGCUUACUGCACAGCCAGGGAUUUAAAUCCCAUGAACUGGAAUCGUUCUGCUGGUUGUCCUUUGUUUUCUUUAACAGAUCACUGGAAUAUGCAUCUAAAGACUUAGGAGCUAAUUUGAACCUGUCUCAGUCUAUUCCUGGUCAGCAUAGCAUUUUUAGAUGACGCAAAACAUUUCCCUUAGGGUAGUUGAAGAAAAAAAAAAUCUAAACCUAAAGAUGCUCGAUGUACAAAUUCUAACUGCUCUAUACACCAUUUAACGUUGAUACUCUGGUCACAGAAAGUUUUUGAACACUCCGCGACUAAUGGGCAGUUUUAGAAUUUUUUGUGCUCUAUGCAAUUAGCUUUUUUUUUUUUUUUUUUUAUAAUUUAGCCAAGUUUAUAAAGCAUGGCAGAUAAAGCCACUUGCAGCUAUUAAGUAAAAUUCAGUGAUGGUAGCAGUGAAGAUAAAUGACAAGCCCAGCCUAGCUGCUGUACACACCGGCACACAUCAAGGCAGUAUAUAAAAAAAAAUGCAUUGGAUACUUUUUUAAUAUUUCUACUUAGUUUGUUGUUUGUUUGUUUUUUUUGUUUGGUUUUUUUCCCCCAGCUCUUUGUGCCAAAAUGUAAACUUAACUUUAAUCUACAGGAUUUUUUUAAUCAUAUGUUAAGUAUUAAUAAUGCAGUUGUUUAGUUUACUAGUUCUCUUAGUAACAUGUUAUUGCUAUUAUAUAGGCAGUGCAGCCUAUGGCUUAGGGGAUAGGUGUGUGGGGUUGUUGGUUGUUUUUUUUUUUUUUUUUAAAUUAACCAGCUUAUUAGAAAUGUCAGUUAUAACAUGAAUUUGGAGUUUGACUUAUAAAUAGGAAUGAUUGACCCCCCUAAUAUAACUAUGGAAAUUAAGUUUGAAAUGUCCUGAUGUUUAAUAAUAUGUAUUGUAAGAAUAUAUUUUAACUGCACAUAUAGGACAAAUAUUUGACUAAUUAGCUGAAAUGUUGCAUUUCAAACUUUUUGUUUACAGCGUCAGUCUUGCCCUUAUCUGCUGAUCCAGGUUCAUUUCUAAAAUCACAACAAAAAAAUAAUCGGCAGGCUGGGCUAAGCUCUUUCAUAGGUAAACUCUUUUUGGUACCUUUACAGUGGAAAAUGGACACAAGCCAACAGAGCUAUACAACAUGGCGACUACAGUUUCAUAAAGCUGCCAACAAGUUGAUGUUUCCCGUUUUGCACAGAUCAUUUUAAAGCCAUUCAGUCUGUGUAGUCCUACAGAAUACAUUGGGAACAUAACUGUGAAUCUAUUGCCGGAGUAUUACUAGUACUAAUGUAUGGUUGACCAGAACUGGUACCCAGCAUCAAAACCAGACAAUAAGCCAUAUGAUGCCUAUUAUAUUUACAUAGAUUUUUGUUUUAUUUUUUUAAAUGUCACAUUUGUCACUAUUAAUCUUGAAAGCUUUGAAUCUCUCUAUAUGCAAAGUCUAAUUGUUUCCUACGGGAUACUAGACCCAAAUAUUUUCUUCCAUGAUUCAGAUAGAGCAUGCAACUUUCUCAUUUACUCCUAUUAUCAAUCGUUCUUUUGCUAUGUUUAUUUAUUUAAAAAGCAGGAAUGUAAAGCUUAGGUGCUGGCACAUUUUUGGUUCAGAACCUGGGCUUAUGCUUGCUUAUUGGUGGCUAACUGUAGCCACCAAUAAGCGCUAUCCAGGGUGCUGAACCUAAAAUGGGCUUACUCCUAAGCUUUACAUUCCUGCUUUUUUAAAUAAAUAUAGCAAGAGAACAAA